GGUAUCUUUCUCUUAAUGUUUUUUUUUUUUUUUUUUCAUUUUAAAAGGAAGAAAGAAAGAUAGAGAGAGAGAGAGAUAUUAUAAUCAAUAAUUUGACGACACAAUCUCUCAACAACACAACACCAACUGACCUAAUAAGUAUCAAAAUAUUUGAGAAAUCGAUCGACUCCCAUUAACGUGACUGUGACUCUCUCUCGCUCGGUUCACCACUCUCAAAAUCGAAACAGAUCUCGUCGGCGGCAUGAGGUACGAUCAGGAAGCUGGAUCGUCCUCGUUAUCCCUGCCUUCGGGAUCUUCCUCUCAAUCGCUGGCGCCGACGGAAGACACUCCUCUCUUGGGGCCUCGAACAUUGUCCUCGCAGCCUAAAACCUUCGCCAAUGUCUUCAUCGCCAUCGUCGGCGCAGGCGUGCUCGGACUUCCUUACACCUUCAAGAAGACCGGAUGGCUGUUGGGACUCCUCACACUCCUCUUCGUCUCCUCCCUCACCUUCUUCUGUAUGAUGCUCCUCGUCCACACCCGCCGCAAACUCGAGUCCAUCUCCGGCUUCUCCAGCAUCACUUCUUUCGGAGAUCUCGGCGAAUCCGUCUGCGGCCCCGCCGGCCGUCUCCUCGUCGAUGUUAUGCUUGUCCUCUCCCAAUCUGGCUUCUGCGUCAGUUACCUCAUCUUCGUCGCCACCACGAUGGCCAAUCUCCUCAGCCGCGGCACCGACCUUAUCCUAGGCCUCGAUCCUGCUUCCAUCUACCUCUGGGGUUGCUUCCCCUUUCAGCUUGGUCUCAAUUCCAUCCCAUCUCUCACCCAUCUCGCCCCUUUGAGUAUAUUCGCCGAUAUCGUCGACGUUGCCGCCACCAUCGUGGUUAUGGUCCAGGAUGUUUUCAUCUUCAUCGAACGAAGACCUCCCUUGAGAGUCUUUGGUGGCUUCUCUGUUUUCUUCUACGGCUUGGGAGUUGCUGUUUACGCUUUUGAAGGCAUCGGAAUGGUUCUGCCACUUGAGUUGGAGGCCAAAUACAAAGACAAGUUCGGUAGAGCCCUGGGGCUAGCCAUGGGCUUAAUCUCGAUCAUGUACGGUGCGUUCGGGCUGCUAGGCUACAUGGCUUACGGAGAGGAUACCAGAGACAUCAUCACCACGAACCUUGGGGCAGGAGUGGUGAGCACACUGGUGCAGCUGGGCCUAGCAAUCAACCUCUUCUUCACGUUUCCCCUCAUGAUGCACCCUGUAUAUGAGGUCGUGGAACGUCGCCUCUGCAGCUCCCAGUACUCCGUCUGGGUGCGCUGGGCCACUGUGCUGGUGGUCACACUCGUCGCCCUGCUCGUCCCUAAUUUUGCAGACUUCUUAUCUCUGGUUGGGAGCAGCGUCUGCGUG